GUCGCGCUUCGCGGUGCGGAUCAAUUAAGUCGUGUCGUCCAUUUCAUCCUUUCCAGAAUUUGCCUGAGUGUUGUCCCCCAAGCAAAAGCCGAAGUCAACAAACAACAAUCCGUCUCCAUUUCCCCCUCCUUCAUGACGGCCUAGCUCUGGCUCUGCUUCUUCUCUCCUCUUUGCUUCCUAUCUCCUCCUUUCUCAGUUUCACAACGUGAACCGUUCACACCAUGGCGAGCGUCAUCCUCCCCCACAAGCGGGUGUUGAGCGAAUCCCUCACCCGCCAGAACCUCCCCUCGACGCCCGCCUCCGCCAAGAAGCGCAAGGUCGAGGCCGUUUCCUCGUCGCCGGCUCCCCGAUUCAACAGCUCCCAGAAUAACCCCCGAUCGAAGCUCGCCUCCAGUCAGCCAAAGAGCACAUUCGAGCUGGAGGUCCUCGAAAAGCUUAGCCAGGACAUCUCAGAUCUGAAGCGCAACAAUACGGAAAAGGAUCAGGCAUGGGCACGACCGCCUGUUGUCGACUUCCUCCCCGAACGUGACAGCUUGUGUUUCCAGUCCAUUGAGGCCGAGGAGGGUACACUUCAUGGUGGCAGGGCCACCGUGAAGCUUUUCGGUGUCAACGAUGUGGGAAACUCCGUCAUGCUGCAUGUGACGGACUUCAAGCAUUACCUUUACGUCGCCGCUCCGAUUGGUUUCCAGCCCAAAGAUUGUGCCGCUUACAAAGCAUAUCUCGAGACACAAACUGCCCAACAUCAACCGGCAGUUCACUCAGUGGCGUUGGCCAUGAGGGAGAGCAUCUAUGGCUUCCAGGGCAACGUUGCUAAGCCGUACCUCAAGGUCACUGUCACAGACCCCAAGUUUAUCCCGAAAGUUCGAUCGACCAUUCAGUCCGGCGCCGCAAACUGGAAGGGCAUGUGGAAGUUGAGAGAAAAGGAGGAAAUUGAGACCUAUGACAACAUUCAAUACGUGCUACGGUUCAUGGUCGAUUGCAAGGUUCAAGGCAUGUCAUGGGUAGAGGCACCGGCCAAGAAGUUCAAGCUAGUCCCCGACCACCUUCGACAGUCGAAUUGCCAGAUCGAGGCUGAAGUGAGCUAUCUUGAUCUCGUAGCACACAAGCCUGAGGGAGAAUGGUCCAAGAUGGCACCCCUACGAAUUUUGUCCUUCGAUAUCGAGUGUGCCGGCCGAAAAGGAAUUUUCCCUGAAGCGAACUAUGACCCCGUUAUCCAGAUUGCCAACGUCGUCACCAGAUACGGAGAGAAGAAACCCUUUGUUCGAAACGUUUUCUGCCUCCAAGACACGAGCUCUAUUGUAGCAACCCAAAUCCUGGAGUUUCAAAAGGAGGAGAAAAUGCUCAGCGACUGGCAGAAGUUCGUGAUCGAGGUUGACCCAGAUAUCGUCACCGGUUACAACAUUGCCAACUUCGAUUUCCCAUACCUACUCGACCGAGCACACCAUCUCAAGGUCAAGGGAUUCGAAUACUGGACUCGCCUCCCCAGUGUCCCCUCCAAGGCGAAAGAGACCAACUUUUCAAGCAAGCAAAUGGGCAAUCGAGACACCAAAGCUACCAACAUCAAUGGCCGCCUGCAGUUGGAUCUCCUGCAACUGAUUCAGCGCGAUCACCACCUUCGAAGUUACACGCUCAAUUCCGUGUCGGCUCACUUCCUGGGCGAACAGAAGGAGGAUGUUCACUAUACCAUGAUUACCGAACUAUUUAACGGUACCCCAGAGUCACGACGUCGUCUCGCGCUGUACUGCUUGAAGGAUGCAUAUCUCCCACAGAGACUCAUGGACAAGCUUUCAUGCCUGGAAAACUACACUGAAAUGGCGAGAGUCACGGGUGUGCCGUUCAACUUCCUGUUAUCAAGAGGCCAGCAAAUCAAGUUCGUCAGUCAGCUGUUCCGAAAGGCCCUGGAGCAAAAACUUGUCAUUCCCAACCUGAAGUCCAAACAGUCGGAUGAUCAAUACGAAGGAGCUACCGUCAUUGAGCCGACUCGAGGCUAUUACGAUGUCCCCAUUGCUACGCUCGAUUUCGCGUCGCUGUACCCCAGUAUUAUGCAGGCACACAACCUCUGCUACACCACGCUAUUGAUGAGCAAGAAGGAUAUUGAGAUAUUUGGUCUCAAGAAGGACGAGGACUACAUCGUCACCCCUAACAACGAUAUUUUUGUCACCUCGAAGCAAAGGAAGGGAUUGCUGGCGCAGAUUUUGGAGGAAUUGCUCUCUGCGCGAAAGCAGGCCAAGCGCGAGCUGGCGAUCGAAACAGACCCGUUCAAAAAGGCCGUAUUGAACGGUCGUCAGCUAGCUUUGAAGAUUAGCGCCAACAGUGUGUACGGUUUGACAGGUGCCACGACCGGCAAGCUUCCCUGUCUCGCGAUUGCCAGCAGUACGACCAGUUUCGGACGGCAGAUGAUUGAGAGGACCAAGGAUGAGGUGGAGAAGCGAUACAAUAUUGCCAAUGGAUAUUCGCACGACGCCCAAGUCAUUUAUGGCGACACUGAUUCGGUCAUGAUCAAGUUCGGAACCAAGGAUCUCGCAGAGGCGAUGAGACUGGGCGAGGAAGCAUCGAAGUUCGUUUCGGAGAAGUUUAUCAAGCCGAUCAAGCUGGAGUUCGAGAAGGUGUAUUUCCCGUACCUGCUCAUCAACAAGAAGCGAUAUGCGGGACUAUACUGGACGCGGCCCGACAAGUACGACAAAAUGGACACGAAGGGUAUCGAGACGGUACGACGAGACAAUUGUUUGUUGGUGCAGACGGUGAUUGAGAAGGUGUUGCGAAUGAUCUUGAUUGACCAGGACGUGCCUGGAGCACAAGUUUAUGUCAAGGAGACGAUCGCAGAUCUGCUGCAAAAUAAAGUCGACAUGUCGAAAUUGGUCAUUACAAAAGCGCUCACAAAGGACGAUUAUGCCGCAAAGCAAGCCCACGUCGAGCUGGCGCAUCGGAUGAAGAAGCGCGACGCGGGCUCGGCGCCGGGACUCGGUGACCGAGUGGCCUACGUCAUGAUCCGAGGCGCGGCGGGGGCCAAGAACUUUGAGAAAUCGGAGGAUCCCAUCUACGUGUUGGAGAACAAUGUGCCUAUUGACACGCGCUACUACCUGGACAACCAGCUAGCCAAGCCACUGGGGCGCAUUUUCGAGCCGAUUCUCGGGGAGACUAAGGCACGGUCGCUACUGACAGGGGACCACACACGGACGAUUUCGGUUGCGGCUCCCACGGUGGGGGGUCUGAUGAAGUUCGCCAAGAAGACGCAGACAUGCAUGGGUUGCAAGAAGCCAUUGACGGGUAAGGAGGAGAAAGAGGGGGCGGUGUGCGCCGACUGCGCGCCGCGUGUCGGGGAGCUAUACAAGAGGACGCUUGAUCGCGUGUCGGACCUGGAGGUGCGAUUUGGGCGACUGUGGACCCAGUGUCAACGGUGCCAGGGGAGCAUGCACUGCGAGGUGAUCUGCAGCAGCAAGGACUGCCCGAUCUUUUACAUGCGAAUGAAGGCUAAGAAGGAUUUGGAGGACGCCGGUAAGGAGCUGACGCGGUUCGAUGCGGACCAGGCGGCGAUGUGGUGAGAAACAGGGCAAGGGGAAGCGAGGGAAUGCGAUGAGAAGCGACGGCAAGCGAGGAGAUGUGAAGCGAUGAGGUGGAAACGCGGAGAGGCGGAGAGGCGGAGAAGGCCGGGGAUUCGGGGACUCGAAUGGAAAGAUGAUGGCGCAGGCAUAAUUACUGCAACUGCACAGGCAUAUCGCAGGCGCAACGCACAGGCAUUGGCAGUGGGAGGACAUGGGAUUUUGAUGUUGUCGUUGAAUGUACGUAAGGCGUUCCGGCGGGGUUCAGGGUUUCCGGGCCAGGGUUCUGCGGCCAGGGACAGAUGCAGGGCCCGACGUCAUUGCAGAUGGUUUGUCUUUAGAUUUUACGUAUAAGUUUGGCUCUGGGCCAGUAGGAAUGUAGGUGAAUGAAAUGGAAGAGUGGCAG